GCUGCAAACUGCCUAAAGAUCGCCGGCUUGUAAGGCUUGGCCAGCUUAUUGAUAAAAGAAUAGAAACUGAAUUCAAACCUCUGCUCUUUGCCGAUAUCUCUAAACAUUGGACAAACUUUGGAAGUCGACAUUGAGGCAGGUUAAAGGCAAAAAUAAAUAAAUAAAUACGAAACUAAAUGCAAAAUACCAGAUCUAUGUAUAUUUAAAACUAGAAUGUGCAACUUUUAUUUUCAUUGUAAAGCGCCAUCUGGUUGAAAUUUAGAUCUAAAAUGAUUUGAAUAUGGAGAACUUUCUGAAGUCUAAUGUUGUUGUUAUUUUCUCUGUCUUCAUAAGUCGAAUCACAGGCACUGAAGUUAUGUUCCAAUAUGAGGCGAGUGACGACACUGGUGAUCAAAUGCCUAACCAGUUCAAUGUGACUUUUAGCACAGAAACGAAAUUUCUAACCAAAUUCAAUCUCAGGCGUUCGCAGAGUUUUGACGUUAACAUUCCUCUCUAUACUCUCGACGUCGAUAAGAAAGGCUUUUUUCAAAAACAAAGAGUGAAAAUUAGACCCAGAAAGGCUAUAGGCUACUACCAUGAUACUAACCACAAGGCUGUGUUUUGUAUUAAAAGGUCACGCAAGACAUUGUCCAACAAUAAAUCUAAAUUUCACUUGAAAGCUGUAUUCCAAAUGGAUAACUCCGAAUACCUGUUUGACUCUGAUAACAAGACGCCUAAAAAGCCAUGGAGAAAUUUGUCCCUCGAAACACGUUUUAGUUCUAUAAGAAAUGAAUCUACUACACCUCGCUCUAGGACAACAUUUGACUACAAUGUUUAUAAGUUACAAUUGCUUAGAAGGACAAGUUUUGAUCUGUUUGACACUCGAAUACCACCGCCAGACGUAGAAAAGACUGUUCGAUGGAAUGUCAUCAAUCAGUCAACAUCAUGGUCAGACCCACCAAGCAGACGCCGCCGAAACGCAUUGCGUGACUACUACGUGGAUGUAGUGGCGUUGAUUGACAAAUUACGUUUCGAAUGGUUUCUAGAAAAAGCUAAAAAUGACUACAACACUGCGAGGCGGAAUAUUCGAGAGCACUAUGCUAUGGUGUUUAGCGGGAUUGACAUGCUUUUUAAAGGCAUCAACCAUCCAAACUACACGAUUCAUAUUCGUCUGUGUAAAAUUGACAUCCUUGAGGGACCCAAUGCUGCAAAUUUUAUUAGCAAGUACGCUUCAGAUGGAAAAAUGGACGCCGGCUUGGCUCUAGAAGCUCUAAAAAAUUUUUUUCAAGGUGUUGGGCAUCCAAUCGUCGGCUUUUACGAUUACGUGAUUUUGUUUACUGGCUAUGACCUCUUCAAAUACGAAAGUUCUGGUAAAAUUAAUUACGCAUACGUAGGUAACAGUUUUCAGAAAACAAUGUGCCGAACAGAUGGAACUAGCUGUGCUGUAAUAGAAGAUCGCAGAGGACCUGAUUUAAAAAUAAUUGCACAUGCACUUGGGCAUAGCCUUUCAGCCAAACACGAUGGGGAUGGCAACUCAUGCUUUAAGUAUAACAGAUACAUUAUGUAUUCUGGUGAAUUAAGGAUGGAAGCUCCGGAAACAAUAUAUAAUUCAUGGCAAUUCUCUUCCUGUAGCGUCAAUUACUUUACAACCUUUUUGACUAAGUUUGAUAGCAGCAGCUAUCGAUAUGACUGUCUAGCUUACGCUAUCGAAGCUUCAGAUGACAUUCCAGAUGUAUCUAAUAAACUAUUGGGUCAGAUAAUAAAACCUAAUCAACAGUGUCAACUAUAUUUCGGAAAGGCUUCCUACUAUUGCAAGGGUGCAAAAAACACUCAAAUUGAGGACAUAUGUCAUUCACUGUACUGUCAAGAUCCCUUGAAUUCUGGUGACUGUAAAGUGAUGGAAGCAUAUAUCGGGACGUCCUGUGGUGAUGGAAAAAUCUGUAUGUAUGGAAAAUGUGUCAACGACCCAUACGCUCCACAUGAUGAUGAGACUUGCUUAUUCGGAGACGUACAUGAAGAUCACUGCAAAUCAUUGAUCAGUACAUUUGUAGGCAACUGUUACCGUAAUGAACACUAUGACCUCUGCUGUGGCACAUGCAACAAUAUGUAUAGGCCCAUUUUAGGUUGUGAAUACGGUGACAAAAAAGAAAAUUGUCAAUCAUAUCACUGUGUUAAAGAAAAAAGGACAUGCUGUGGCACUUGUAAUUACGGUACACCUUUUACCCCAAACACCAGAAGAACAAUACCAACGAGGAUCACAUCAAAGAAACCACUUCUGAUUCGUAAUUCGCCAAAAGUGUUAGGAGAUUGUAAACAAGGAGAUUUAGACUUGAGACCAGAACUGUGUCAUGACCCUAGUGUCUGCAAGAAUUAUUUUUUUCUAUGCUGUGAAUAUUGUUCGAGAUAUUUUACACUUCCAACUAGAACAACCAUUGCACCUAAUGAUUGUUCCUCAGGAAACUUAGACUUUUUACCAGAACUGUGUACUAACAUUAGUAUCUGCCUGACAAACCGAUCACUGUGCUGUGACUAUUGCUCGCGAGUGGAAUAUUCUACAGUCUCAUGGACCCCCGAGAUAACUACACCCAAAGAUUGUUUCCCAGGAGACUUAGACCUUUUUCCAGAACUGUGUACUAACAUUACUAUCUGCCUGACAAACAUAUCACUGUGCUGUGACUAUUGCUUGCGAUUGCAAAAUUAUAAAGUCACAUGGACCACCAAGAUAACUACACACAAAGAUUGUGCCCCAGGAGACUUAGACUUUUUUCCAGAACUGUGUACCAACAUUAGUAUCUGUCUGACAUACCGAUCACUGUGCUGUGACUAUUGCUCGCAAGAGGAGAAUUAUACAGUCACAUGGACCACCAAGAUAACUACACCCAAAGAUUGUGCCCCAGGAGACUUAGACUUAUUUCCAGCACUGUGUACCAACAUUAAUAUCUGUCUGACAUACCGAUCACUGUGCUGUGACUAUUGCUCGCAAGUGGAGAAUUAUACAGUCACAUGGACCACUGAGAUAACUUCACCCAAAGAAUGUGUACUGGGAAAGCCAGACUUAAAUCCAGAGCUGUGUACUAGCCCAAGUGUCUGCCAGACACAGCCACUGAUGUGCUGUAAUUACUGCACCUACAAUUCUGGAGCCAUUUUUCAUCUAUACAAUACUUGGAUUUAUCGUUGUUUUUACAUUAAUUGCAUUUUCUUUUUGUCAAAACAAAUGUCAGCUUAAUAGAUCUAGAAGUCCAAUGAUGUCAAUGUUUCUCAUAUUUUUUUCAACAAAAUGUUUCACAAUUUAUUGUUUAUACCUUUUUUAUAUCUUUAUCUUUGUAAUACACAAGAAUAUUUAUCAUAAUACAACAAUGUCUUUUUCACAUUUGUUAAUUGUUAAAAGUUGCCCCUGAAAUUUUAGGACUUAUGGAGAUUUCAAUGUGGUUCUGCAAACUGUUUUCCAUUUGUCAGA